AUGCGGGCCCGGUCGAUCUUAGCAGUGGCAUGCAGUGUUUCAUACACGGCAGCCCAGACCUUUCAACGGCUGGGUGGGUGUCCCGAUCUGGGCUGCGUGUUUCCCCCGGACCAGGCGGAUUUCCUCCCUGGUCAAUUCUUCGAUAUCCGCCUCGAGGUUCAUUCCCCUAUUAAUGGGUCCGAGGCGCGUGUUGGGGAGCCGGAUGCAGACUUCAAGUUCACUAUCUCGAAAAAAGGUGGUCAUGCCAUCCAUGCUGCCAAGUAUUUCAAAGUCGAGGAGCCUGAGCUGGAGAGGUGGAACUUCACUUGGUAUGAAGAUCUCUUCGCCCAGGAUGCGAAUCAGCCCUCGCUCGUCAAUGUCACGGCCAAGGCCUAUAGACGGGUGGCCCUCUACGAGCCCGGAGAGUACGAAGCUACUCUCAGCUACUACGGCAACGAGAAGACAGUAGCCAACUGGGUCGUGCGUGAUCUGCCUAGCAAGCGGCGCGCAAAGAAUGUCAUUCUGUUCGUUGGAGACGGCAUGACGACAAACAUGAUUACUGCCGCACGCCUCAUGGCUCAUCGCAGUAUCAACGGGAAGUACAUGACCAAGAUGGCGCUAGACAAGUUCCCCGUCCUGGGUCACCAGAUGACACACUCCAUGGACUCGUUCAUCACAGACUCGGCCAACUCCGCCACCGCGCUGUACUCCGGCCACAAGACCACAGUUAAUGCGUUGAAUGUCUACGUCGACUCCUCCAGCGACCCCUUCGAUGACCCAAAAUUCGAAAACAUCGUCGAGGUAUUCCGCCGUCGAUACCCCGAUGGCGGUGUUGGCAUUGUGUCAACUGCUUUCCUGGCCGAUGCGACUCCUGCCGGACUGGCUGCCCACACCAGUGAUCGUGGAAAGUAUGACCAUGUCAUCACAGCUUAUUACGAGGGUCUGACGGAGUACGAGUGGACGAACUGGGAUGGACCUGAUGUUCUUCUCGGAGCUGGCGCGGAGAACUUCCUUACCAGUGAAGACAGCCAUCGCGAUUACUACGAUCUCUUCGCCAAGAAGGGAUACAACGUUGCGUGGAACAACACCGCCCUUCACAAUGCGCCCAGCGACGAAAAGCUCUUAGGUGUCUUCCAGACCUCCAAUCUCGCCACCUGGCUGGACCGCAACGUCUACCAGGCCAACCUCCAAAACCAAAGCAACUACCCCGAUGGCUCGAAGCGAGACGCUGAAGACCUCCCAGGUCUCAAGGACAUGACACUAAAAGCAAUUGACGUGCUGCACGAGCGCCACGCCGACGACGGAUUCUUCCUCAUGUCUGAGGCAGCCAGCAUCGACAAGCAAAUGCACACCCUCGACUACGACCGGUCUCUUGGCGAACUCCUCGAGCUCGAUGACACCGUUCGUGCAACCAUCGAGAAAUUGAAAGAACUCGACCAACUAGAGGAUACCCUCAUCGUCGUGACUGCCGACCACGGCCACGGCUUUGACGUAACCGGCUCCGUGGAUACAGACUACCUCGACGCACAAGAAGACGACCGCAGCAAGCGCAAUGCAGUCGGCUACUACCAGAACUCUGGUCUCUCCCAAUACACAGUCGACGGACCCAAGUCUCUGCGCUACUCUGAGGGCGUCCACUUUCCAGCCCGGUGGGACCCACGCUACACCCUGCACGCAGGCGUCGUCGCAUUUCCCGACCACCGCGAAAACUACCAGGUUCACAACGAGGGUCCGCGUACUCCGGCGGAAGCAGCCAAGGAUAAAAAGAAUGGGUACUAUGCCAACUACAAGGAUGCCGUGACUGGAUUCCUGAUUAACGGUACUCUCCCUGUCUCCGCGGACGAAGGCGUCCACUCUUUGACCGAUGUGCCUGUGUUUGCUCAGGGCCCUUGCCAGGAGCUCUUUGGGGGAGUUUAUAAUUCUAUUGAUAUUUUUUUUAAUAUGGCGGAAUGUCUGGGUCUCGCUGAGACUAAGGGAGAUGAUCACAACUAG